AUGCUGUUGACCCGACCCACUGCUUCACAAUCAAUCCAGCAACAUCAGCAACAACAAUUCCAACAACCUUACUCCGACCUACACCACCAGUAUCAGACACAAUCACAACAUUUCUACCCUCACUCGAUCGAUUUUGACCUUGAAGGCUCCUUUGACGACACUGCUCCCGACCUCACCUCGUCGAGUAUAUCCUCGUCUCCGCUCUCGACUCAAUCCUUUCUCCCUUCCCAUUACUCUCUGGCAAACAACUCGGCAAGCCUUGCAAGUUACGACACGUCCCAUCUGACCGUCCCAAGACGAUCAGCGACAAGCACUUCAGGCUUCGAAGAACCCGCUUUGAACCACAACCAUCAGCAAAACCUCAUGCAGUCAGACGCCUGGGUACUCGGGAAUCAGUACGCUCCCAAGACCGGUGGUCGACUACCUCAUCAGCGGGAGUCAUCUUUGUCUUCACUCGGUUCAGCCGGUCCCGCAUCACCCUUCAGUCACAGUACAACGAAUCCCCAAAUCGCGGUAACAGAUUCGACACCCGACGUUCUGUACGACAUGCAGGCUCACGACGGUAAUGCCUUCUACCAGUUGUCCAACAAGUCAAUGGCGGUGUCCCACGACAACAUGUAUCCCAACUACAACGGACUGCAGAACAUAUCGUCGGACAUGGCCGGCUACGCCUCAGCCUUGAGUGUUCAACGACCACGAUCUGACCGCGGGUUAUUACCUGCGCCUGAACUCUCUAUGGCUGGUAGCAGAUCUCACCCAAACUCUGUGGCAAGCUCCAUUGCUGGAGACUCACCCGCAACACCGUCACAACUCGAGCACGAAGAUGACAGGCGGCGGAAAGCUGUUUUCAGCAACGUACCCAAGCUAGACCGCACGAUGACAGACAUCUAUAAUGAUGAACUGUAUAGCCCCAAUUUCACCAUUACCUCGGCAGCUCCGGCUCAAAACCACAUGGCUGUAUCUCCUAGCAAUGACGUGUUUGCGCAACGACUUAGCGCUGCAAACAACCAGCACUUGAGUGCAGCACAGUCGCCAGUCUCUAGUGUGUCACGCGACCGUUCGCCAUUCCGUCAGGGUUCACCGUUGGCACCGAUGCCCAGUCACGACUUUGGUGGAGGUGUUCAGGCCUCUCGUCUACGAUUCAACUCGGCUCACCAAAUCCGGGAACAGAAGAAGGCGGAGCAAGAUGCACAAAUUAUGCGACAACAAAUGUCUGUAAAGUCGGAGCCGGAAACCCCGAAAACUAUCUCUCCAAAAGACGCGAUGCUCGAAUUCCACGAUGGCGAUGCUGAAUCAUCAUUUUCACUCUUUCCAUCUCAGGAGACGGUGGAUUUUGAAGACAUUGCAAAGGCAGUGGUCACGCAGGACCAACAGGUCAAUUUUGCGAGGUCUGCCAUGCAAAAUGGGGCAGCUUUCCCUUAUAUGCCCGCUCAGCUUCAGACCGCUGUCCACAUUCCACAGCAGUACCCAUUCAUUGCUCAUCCACGACAAUCUCAUGAGCAGAUUCCUCGGCUUAGCUCUGCCGAGUCAAGCACUGGGGGAUCCGAUGCUACUUCGACUUCAAAUGCGGUACCGACAACCAAACCUGUGGGUGCUACUGCUGAUGGCGGUACUUACACUUGUACAUACCACGGCUGCACCAUGCGAUUCGAAACCCCUGCUCUGCUGCAAAAGCAUAAGCGUGAGGGGCAUCGGCAGACUCAGGGUAUCGGAGGGCCCAGAAGACCUGAAGCAGUUGCCGCAUCCCCCGACAGCAUCCUCAAUAGUCAAGCCGGACCUCACCGCUGCGAUCGUAUCAAUCCUAGCACGGGCAAACCGUGCCACACAAUCUUUUCACGCCCGUACGACUUGACUCGUCACGAGGAUACCAUUCACAAUGCGCGGAAGCAAAAGGUGCGCUGCAAUCUUUGCACCGAGGAGAAGACGUUUAGUCGUGCCGAUGCGCUCACGCGACACUACCGAGUCUGUCAUCCGGAUGUUGAAUUCCCAGGCAAGCACCGACGCCGGGGGCAUAAUGUCUGA